AUUUUUUCAAUUACCUCUACAAAAAUCAUUUGUCCAGCUUUUUGGUCUUCAGUCUCAUUCCUUGCUCUUCCGCAUCCUAUCUUCUAAAAGCUAAGCUGUGAAACCACCAUCAGCGAUGGAUACCAGCCGCAGCGUCGUCCUGAAAAGCAAGGAUUUUGAGUUGAUACUAGGUUCAUCUUCCAUGGCUCGUCAGAAGAUCCUAGCUGAAAUGGGCUACGAUUUCACCAUCAUGACUGCAGAUAUAGAUGAGAAACGUAUUAGGAAGGAAAAACCAGAAGACCUUGUGAUGGCCCUAGCGGAGGCCAAGGCUGAUGCUAUUAUAACAAGGCUUGAGGCUACUGACGAAUUGGAAAAACAGCCCCCUACACUGCUAAUUACGGCAGAUACAGUGGUGGUUUAUCAAGGGACUAUACGAGAAAAGCCAUCUACCAAGGCUGAAGCACAACAGUUUAUAAGAGAUUAUUCUGGUGGUUCGGCACAAGUUGUGGGAUCGGUACUUGUAACUAAUUUGGUGACAGGCUGUAGAAAAGGGGGAUGGGAGAGUGCUGAGGUAUAUUUCCUAGACAUACCAGAUGAAGUCAUCAACAACCUGAUUGAGGAAGGAAUAAUCUUGAAUGUUGCUGGGGGAUUGAUGCUUGAACAUCCAUUGACUCUGCCUUUGGUAGACACCGUGGUAGGAACUGCUGACUGUGUAAUGGGACUUUCCAAAACUCUCACUGAAAAGCUCAUUCAGGAAGCUCUGUAGAUUGCAGAAGCUAUGAUUUCACAGGUACAAUGGUAAUAAUAUCUUUUUGCAUUUAACUUCUUGUCAUGUAAUGGAAUGAUCUUAUGAGUAUUCUGUAGUAUUCAUUUAUUACUUGUAGUGUGAGAUGUAUCGUUAGAUUGUUAGACAUAAAAGCUUCCAUGUUGGUAUCUAGAAACCCAUCUUUUAAGCAUAAUGCAUUAUUAAGUAUUCUGGUUUGUGGUUUCAUUUGGUAUGACAGUAUAUUGGAUCAAAUACCACACAGGAUGUCAUGCACUACUCAUAAGGCAAUAGUUUGAGACGAUAGCGAAUUUGAGAAUCCAAAACAAUUCACGCGUGUUUAUGAAUAAAGUUGAGUCUUU